AUGGCGAGGAAGAAUUGUGGGGUUUUGAUACGAGAGACGAUGAUCGGGAUUGGGAUUGGCAAUCGCUAUAACCCCCGAAUCCCCAUCCCAAUCCCAAUCCCAGGUCGUCUUCUUCAUCAUCACCGUACGGUCCAAACCCUAGCCCCCCCAAAUUCAAUGCCAACAACCACCGCAGCAGCAGCAUCUGCCAUUCCUUCCUCCAAGGCAUCCGCCUCCUCCUUGGCCUCACUCCCAGCCAGGGUCUCCGCCUCCGGUGCACUCUCGGCCUCGGCCUUAGGCCCAGGCUCAAAACUUCUGUUUCCGAGUCCCCAAGACAUGAUCAUGUUGACGGAAAAGAAGGAAUAUAAGAGAGCAAUUAAACAAGUUAAAGGUGGACGUUUGCCAGCAGUUUUCUACUUUACUGAAGCCGCUUGCCCAAAUACCGUCACGUACUCAAUUCCAAUCGUUCGAAAGAUCAGGGAGCAUUUCCCACAUGUAAAACUAUAUAAGGUUCUGAUUACAGUUGAGAGCGACUUGCGCCCAAUAGCAUAUGAUUUGGCUGUUUGCAUUUUUCCAACAUUCCUUUUCUAUCAAAACGGGGUUAAGGUUGAUGAGAUUGUUGGUGGUCAUGCUGAUCCCGUGAUGGAUAUGUGUGAAAAACUUUACAGAUACGUCAGGCCAGUUGAAACCCCUCAGCGGACGAGGUCAUCCUGGAAGGGGAAAACGGAUACUCAACAACUUGUCCUACAAGCUAAGAAAGAUGAGAAUGACGUAGUAGUUGCAGGAGGGUGGAAAGUGGGAGAUGGUUCGAUGUUCUUCCAAUGGAAAGGUGGUGCGGUAGCUGUUGAUAGUAGUGACGUACCUUCAGUUAGUGAAGUGAUGAAGGAUGUUGAAUCUUUAUGUACAGCACCAAGGGGUUUCAGUAUGUGGUGUUUUGCGAAAGGACUAUUUAUAGCUAAGCCUGAGAAGAGAGUGGUAUUUUCAAACAUUAAAGAUCCUGGGCUCAAGAUUGGUUGGUUUCGUGAAGAAAUGGAGGUGGAAUAA